AUGUCUAAUCCUAACCAGAACUCUGACGAGCAGCUUGCUCGCGAUUUCCAGAACCAAGCAAACAUUGGUGACCAACAGCAGCAAUACGGUCAGUACAGCCAGCAGCAGCAGCAACAGCAGCAGCAGCAGCAGUACGGCCAGUAUGGUCAGCAGCAAUCCCAGUUCUCUUUCAACCCGGCCGCUUCUUUCACCCCAGGCCAAGGAUACCAACAGUACUCUAACCAAGGUUAUGGCGGCUACAAUCAAGGAGGCUACCAAGGUGGCUACCAGGGAGGAUACCAGGGCGGAUACCAGGGAGGCUACAACAAUAACUACAACAACAACAACAACUAUAACCAAGGUGGCUACCGGGGCGGCCGUGGUGGUGGCCGUGGUGGCCGUGGCGGAUACAGAGGUGGUCGCGGAGGCUACAACAACUACAACAACUACAAUAACAAUUACAACAACAGAGGCUACGAUGAGCCCGAAGAAAAGACAAUGACUCUGGAGGAAUACCAGCAGCAAAGCCAAGCCGAUCUUAAUGCUCCGAUAAUUAUGGGAAGCAACAAGAAGACCGCUUCCACAACUACACCUGCCGCAAAAACAGUUCUGAAAAUUGGUGAAAAGGCCGAGCCCAAGGCUGAGGCUAAGCCCGAAACUAAGGUUGAGUCCAAGGCUGAAACUAAGGUUGAACCCAAGGUUGAAGCUAAGGAGGAACCUAAGGUUGAGGCUAAGGAGGAACCUAAGGUUGAGGCUAAGGAAGAACCCAAGGUUGAGGCCAAGGUUGAAACCAAGGCUGAACCCAAGGCUGAGGCUAAGGCUACUCCCAAGACCGAGUCUAAAAAUGAAGCUUCCAAGCAGGAUGCUGAUGCUCUCAUUAAGCAACAAGAAGACGAAAUUGACGAGGAAGUUGUUUCCGAUCUGUUUGGUGCAAAUGAAGGUAAGGACCACGUUUCCAUCAUCUUUAUGGGCCAUGUCGAUGCCGGUAAGUCUACCAUGGGUGGUAACAUUUUGUUCCUGACUGGUGCUGUCGACAAGCGUACCGUUGAGAAGUACGAGCGUGAGGCCAAGGACGCUGGUCGCCAGGGUUGGUACCUGUCAUGGGUUAUGGACACCAACAAGGAAGAGCGUGCUGAGGGUAAGACAGUUGAGGUCGGCCGUUCAUACUUUGAGACAGAAAAGCGUCGUUACACUAUUUUGGAUGCUCCUGGUCAUAAGAUGUACGUGCCUUCCAUGAUUGGUGGUGCUUCUCAGGCCGAUAUCGGUGUUUUGGUUAUUUCUGCUCGUAAGGGUGAGUACGAGACUGGUUUCGAAAAGGGUGGCCAGACCCGUGAACAUGCUAUUUUGGCCAAGACUCAAGGUGUUAACCGUCUUGUUGUUGCUGUCAACAAGAUGGAUGAUCCCACUGUCCAGUGGUCCAAGGAACGUUACGAUGAGUGUAUCACCAAGCUUGCCAACUUCUUGAAGGGCACUGGCUAUAACCUUAAGACUGAUGUUUUCUUUAUGCCUGUUUCUGGUUUCACCGGUGCUGGUCUUAAGGACCGCAUUUCCAAGGAAGUGUGCCCAUGGUACGAUGGUCCUUCGCUCCUCGAGUACUUGGACUCUAUUAAGCUUGAGAACCGUAAACUCGAUGCUCCCUUUAUGCUGCCCAUUUCAGGCAAGGGUAAGGAUCUCGGUACCAUUGUCGAGGGUAAGAUUGAGUCUGGUUCUAUUAAGAAGGGUCAGCAGCUGCUCAUCAUGCCUAACAAGACUCGUGUCGAAGUACUUUCUGUUUUUAAUGAGACUGAGGCUGAAGUCAAUGGUGCUGUAUGUGGUGAACAAGUCCGUGUCCGUGUCAAGGGCAUUGAAGAAGAAGAUGUCCAGAUUGGGUUUGUUCUUUCGUCACUCAAACACCCCGUCCACACGGUGACUCGUUUCGAGGCCCAAGUUGCCAUUGUCGAACUUGACUCGAUUCUUGCCAAGGGUUUCCAAUGCGUUAUGCACGUCCACACGGCCAUUGAGGAGGUUCAGUUUGUCGAGCUGCUGCACAAGCUUCAGCGUGGCACCAACCGUAAGUCCAAGAAGCCCCCUGCUUUUGCCAAGAAGGGUAUGAAGAUCAUUGCCGUCUUGGAAACUACGGACCCUGUGUGUGUUGAAACUUAUGACGACUUGCCACAACUUGGUCGCUUUACUCUUAGAGACCAAGGUAUUACCAUUGCAAUUGGCAAGAUUACCAAGCUGCUGAAUUAA